CAGAUGGUACACUUCCCCUCUGUAUUCAGUGGCACCUCACCCCCCCCACCCCCCUCCCCCCUUUCAGCAAAAACCAAAUCUCCGAUAAAGUAAUGGCAAAACCACUUGGACUAUAAAAGACAACAAAUCAUAUUCCUCCGGAGUGUAUACACCCCGUUGUCCACCCAAUGAGUUCCUAUUUUGUUAACUCAACUUUUCCCGUGUCUCUACCGGGAGGACAGGACUCUCUCCUGGGUCAGAUACCGCUAUAUUCCUCGGGAUACACGGAUCCGUUAAGACACUAUUCCAACGCGGCCACAUAUGGAGCAGCCAACAUGCAGGAGAAGGUUUACCCGGCGUCCUACUACCAGCAGACGGGCGCAGCGGCCGCGGCCAUCUACGGCCGGGCCGGCGGCGGAGCCGCCUGCGACUACAACCCGGUCGGGACUUUCUACAAGGACGCGGAGGGCUCGUGCGCUUUCUCGAGCCGCGAGGAGCAGCCGCUGUUUGUCACUCAGGAGCAUCAGCAGCGCAAGGCGGAGUGCCCCGAGCAGGCGGUCAGCAUGAGCAGCAGCAUCGACGACAAGUCGUCCACUCUCAUCUACCCGUGGAUGCAGAGGAUGAACGCCUGCUCCGCCGAUACACCACUACAGAUUUUGAGUGCAAUUUCAGGUCCAUUCGGCAGCAGUGGCCGCAGGGGCCGGCAGACCUACACCCGCUACCAGACUCUGGAGCUGGAGAAGGAGUUCCACUUCAACCGCUACCUGACCCGCAGGCGCCGGAUAGAGAUCUCCCACGCCCUGUGUCUGACGGAGAGACAGAUCAAAAUCUGGUUUCAGAACCGCAGGAUGAAGUGGAAAAAGGAGAACAAACUCCUCAAUCCGUCGAAGACGCCGGAGGAGGAGGAGGAACCGGCGGAGAAAAAGAGCUAGGAGGACACUUGAACCGAGAGGCGCGUGUGCGCGUGUCUGUGUGCACGCACCCAAAAUAAAAUGAUGUAUUAUUUCUUUGUAGAUAAAGUGCUGCAAAUCACAUGUUAGAGACGUGUAGAGUGCUAGACUUUAACUGAGUAUAUCUGCACGGUAACAAUGUCCGCAUUAGGUUAAAAUCAGGUCCUCCUCUGUUUGUCCUUGUGCUCGUGUGGUUAUUUAGGGGACUAUGCAAAAAUCCGCCAAAAUGUAAAUAGUUUCCAGUGUUUUUCCGUUUUUGACAAUGUUGUUACCUCAUUAUCCUAGGCCCUACUGAGUUGUAUCAUCAUUCUUCUUCUUAUUAUUAUUAUUGUUGUUGUUGUUGUUCUUGUUUUCCUCAUGACAUUACCGGAGGCUCGGUCCUUCGACUGUACAUCUUGUGGUGUGGCUAGUGGCGCUAUGGUAGUCUAGGCUCGUUGUUCGCAGCUGUGCCAUCAACGGUCGAAUUUGUACAGAUGAGAAAAUGUGACAUGUUAUUUAUUGUUGUUCACCUGUGUUCAAUGCACAUCUGGAUAUUGUGUGCAAUAUUUUGUUAGGAAAAUUGUACAUAGAAAUAAAGGCUUUUUGAUGUA